UCUCUGGGGCCACUCUAGGUGGUGCUGGCCACCUCCACUCUCCCUUUGCCUUCCUCUGCCCCUUAGGUCAGAUGGGGAGAGGCUGGGAACACCAGCCAGCUCCAUGGACAGGGACUUGCCUCUGCCCACCUUCCAGCUUUGGAAAGAAAAGAAGAAAAGUCUGUGUUGAUUUGUAUUUGGAGGAUUCCUUCCUCUCCUAAACUUCCAGAGGCAGAGAAAGUGAUUCAACUUUGGAUUGACUGUAGAAGAAAGUCCAGAAAGAGCCCAGAACAUUUCCCCAGAUGUUCCAACUGUGACUUCUCCCAGCCUGCCCCUUAAUGGGACCUACUGAAGGACCCUCCACUGGCUGGACGCACAAGGAGACAGAGAUGCGAAUUUGUCCCCAGCAGGAUGAGAAGACUAGGGGGUGGAGGCAGGGAGAUAGAAGCACUGCCCCUUCCCCCUUCUCCCCAGUCCUGUCCUUCCUCCUCCUCCUGCCACUGGCCAGCGCCCUACAGCCCACUGCACUGCCCUUUCCAGAGCUGAGGCUGGUAGGGGGCCCGAGCCGCUGCCGAGGGCGCCUGGAGGUCCUGCAUGGAGGCUCCUGGGGCAGUGUCUGUGAUGACGACUGGGACGUGGUAGAUGCCAAUGUCGUGUGUCGUCAGUUGGGCUGUGGUCUGGCACUGCCCGUGCCACAGCCCCUCGCCUUUGGUCAGGGCCGAGGCCCCAUCCUGCUGGACAAUGUGGAGUGCCGUGGGCAGGAAGCUGCACUAAGCGAGUGCGGCAGCCGGGGCUGGGGUGUCCACAAUUGCUUUCACUACGAGGAUGUGGCUGUCCUGUGCAAUGAAUUCUUGCCCACACAGCCCCCGACUAGGAAGGUGUUAACCAGCAGAACACCCCCUACGACUCCUCAGAAUGUGAAAGGUGAGGGCAGGGUGCGCCUGGUGGGGGGCGCGAACCCGUGUCAGGGCCGUGUGGAGAUCUUGCACGGCAGCCUGUGGGGCACCGUUUGCGACGACGACUGGGGGCUGCCAGACGCCGCCGUGGUCUGCCGUCAGUUGGGCUGCGGAGCGGCCUUGGUUGCUACCACCAACGCCUUCUUCGGCUUUGGCACGGGACACAUUUUGCUGGACAACGUGCACUGCGAGGGCAGCGAGCCCCACCUGGCAGCUUGCCUGAGCCUGGGAUGGGGUGUGCACAACUGCGGCCACCACGAGGACGCGGGCGCGCUCUGUGCAGCCUUGGGCCCCCCAACUCUCACAGCACUGUCACCCUUAGCCACAAGAGAGGACUGGGCCUGGCACUCAGAGCCAGCAGCUACAAGAGUUGGUGCCCACCCUUCCCGGGAGACUGCAGUACUCACAACAGUCACCUGGGCUGCGGGAAAGAAAAGCGGGCGGCUGCGGCUGGUGGGUGGCCCAGGCCCAUGCCGUGGCCGCGUGGAGGUACUGCACGCCGGCGGCUGGGGCACCGUGUGCGACGAUGACUGGGACUUCGCGGACGCGCGCGUGGCUUGCCGCGAAGCGGGUUGUGGGCCCGCGCUGGGCGCCACGGGCCUCGGCCACUUCGGCUACGGUCGCGGCCCGGUGCUGCUGGACAACGUGGGCUGUGCUGGUACCGAGACCCGCCUCAGCGACUGCUUCCACCUGGGCUGGGGCCAGCAUAACUGCGGCCACCACGAAGACGCGGGCGCGCUCUGCGCAGGCCCAGAAGAGCUGGGACUGCAAGCCCAGCAAGAUGGUUCUGAGACCACCAGAGUGCCCACUCCUCGGCCCAGGGACGGGCACCUACGUCUGGCAAAUGGAGCCCACCGAUGUGAGGGUCGUGUAGAGCUCUUCUUAGGGCAACGAUGGGGCACUGUCUGCGAUGAUGCUUGGGAUCUGCGGGCAGCUGGUGUCCUGUGCCGACAACUGGGCUGUGGCCAAGCCCUGGCAGCCCCUGGCGAGGCCCACUUUGGCCCAGGCCAAGGUCCUAUCCUUCUGGACAAUGUUAAGUGCCGUGGGGACGAGAGUACCUUAUUGCUCUGCUCUCACAUUCGCUGGGAUGUCCACAACUGUGACCACAGUGAGGAUGCCAGUGUCCUGUGCCGGCUGUCAUGACCCAGCCUACUAUGCAGACCACUUCUUUUUUGGGAGCCUACUGUGACCUGCUAUUCCUCCUGGUGUGACCACUGCAGCUCAGUUUGCCCCUCCCUCCCCUUCCCUGGGAGAGAGCCUGCCCAGUGUAGUCCUGUGUGGGAUAGCCUGGCUGUAUCCCCUUCGACUUAGUGUGAGACCUCAGCCUGUCAUCAGCUAUCCUGGGCCCAAUUCAAUGAAAGCUCCCAUGUUUUACUAAGCCAAAACAACAAUGAGGGGAGGGGAAAAUGACUUGUAAUUCUUCUCUUUUUGGGGGGCUCCCGUUACAGCAGCCCUGACACUGCCUUCCUCGACCCAGUCCCAGGAGGCUCAGGGGCUCUUUGUAAAUCGAGUAUCUCCCUUCCCCUAGCUCAUCUUGGGAUCCCCAAGAAAGAAGGCAGGAGGGGCUUACAACUCUUACCUUAGGCUCCCAGGAGCUGCAGAAAAACCUAGGUCAUUUCCUUGCCUUGCUCCAAGAAGGCCUGGUCUCAGAUGGUGCUCUGCUGGACAAGGGGACUGGAGGGGCCAAAGCAGGGACAGCGGCCCCUCCUUGUACCUAGAACCAGCAUCUCUGAUUUAAGCUGCCCCGACCACAGAGCCUCCACUUUGCAGUAGCAAAGAACCCUGGGGGCCUGUAGCCACCCAUUCAUAGGUGCCAACUCAAUAAAGCAUUGUACACACACAACCCCACCUAUCUUGUAACUGAAGUCAGUGUUUGGGCAUAAGUGCAUUCUCUGUGGCAGCAGGAGUGGCUCUCUGGAGGAAAGUGGCUUAGCAUGGAGGGCAAUCAAUACCAUCAUCUUAGAGCUCUCAGCAGGCCCAUCACACCCUGCAAAUGCUGACUCACAGUGUCAGGCCUCCAAGUCUCCCAGAGAGUCCCCUAACCCAUCUCUUUCCUUCACAUAUAUAGAAAUCUAGAUCCAGAAAAAGAAUGGUUUGCUGAAGGUCACAUAGCAAGGUGUUAGUGUCACUAGAAGAGAAAAAAUUAUGGAGAGGAGGCAGAAAGGGAGAUGAGGGAGAACAUACCAGCACUAGGAUGGCUCUAGAGCUGCUCUUGGGGCCCCUUGCACGUGUUCUGCCUCUGCCUCUGUCCCUCCAGAAGUGGAGGAUCCUAUCAGAGCCUCCCUCUCAGCCUGAGGCUGGGGGACUUGCUAGUGUUAAAUGUCCAGUGUCAAGCUUCCUGUUAUUGCUGUAACAGAUUACAACUUAAAACCACACACAUUUGUUAUUUUACAGUUCUUAAGGUCACAUGUUGGAAAUGGGUCUCCCUGGGCUACGUUCAAGGUAUCAGCAGGUCAUUGUUCCUCUGGAGGAUCUAUGGGGGAAUCUGCUUCCUUCCCUUAUCCAGCUUCUAUUUUUUUUUUUUUUUUUUUUUGUAGAGACAGAGUCUUACUGUACCACCCUCGGGUAGAGUGCCAUGGCGUCACAUGGCUCAUAGCAACCUCUAACUCUUGGGCUUACACGAUUCUCUUGCCUCAGUCUCCCGAGCAGCUGGGACCACAGGUGCUCACCACAACGCCCGGCUAUUUUUUUGUUGCAAUUUGGCCGGGGCUGGGUUUGAACCCGCCACCCUCGGCAUAUGGGGCCGGCGCCCUACUCACUGAGCCACAGGCGCCACCCCCAGCUUCUAUUUUUUUGUUUGUUUGUUUUAGAGACAGAGUCUCAUUUUGUCCUCGAUAGAGUGCCGUGGCAUCACAGCUCACAGCAACCUCCAGCUCUUGGGCGUAGGCAAUUCUCUUGCCUCAGCCUCCCGAGUAGCUGGGACCACAAGCACCUGCCACAACGCCCAGCUAUUUUUUGUUGCUGUUUGGCCCGGGCCAGGUUUGAACCCACCACCUUUGGUAUAUGGGGCUGGCGCCCUACUCACUGAGCCACAGGCGCUGCCCCUCUUUCUUUCUUUCUUUUUUUUUUUUUUUUUUGAGACAGUCUUACUUUGUCACCCUCAGUAAAGUACCAGGGUGUCACAGCUCACAGCAACCUCAAACUCUUGUGCUCAAGCAAUUCUCUUGCCUCAGCCUCCUGAGUAGCUGGGACUACAGGCACCUGCCACAACUCCCAGCUAUUUUUAGAGUUGGGAGUCUUGCUCUUGUUCAGGCUGGUCUCCAAUCUAUAAGCUCAGGCAAUCCACCCGCCUCAGUCUCCCAGAGUGCUAGGAUUACAGGUGUGAGCCACUGUGCCCAGCCUUUUCCAGCUUCUAGAGGCUGCCUGUAUUCCAUGCCCACUCGUGACUUCCAUCCAGCCAGAAAUUGCAUCACUCUGUCAGCUCAUCUUGACUCUAAGCCUUACUCUUCCAUCUUUUAAGGCCGCUUGUGAUUAUAUUAGGCCCACCCAGAUAAUCCAGAAUAAUCCCCAAUCUCAAGGUCCUUAAUUUAAUCACAUCUGCAAAUACCUUUAGCCAUGUAUCAUAUUCACAGGCUCCAGGGAUUAAGACAUGGACAACUUUGGGGGCCGCUAUUCUGCCUACAACAGGCUCUAAACCUGGGUCCUGGUUCUUAGCCAAGGAGUGAGGUAGAUACUUUGGCUCCAAAUUCUGUCAACUCCUGGCAGUAACGGCUUUGCCUCCCUUUGUCAGGCUCUGAGACCCACUGUGUUAUUGAAGGGAUGAGGGCUGGAAAAUUGAAAGAUAGGAAAGUGCUUAAGAAUUUGGGGCAUUGAGGCAGACAGAUGGGUGUUCUAGCCACCCUGAAAUCCCUACCACAUCAGAGAGUCCACUUUAUCUAUGAACCUAAGUUUCUCAGUGCCCAAUAAGACUGGUCACCAGCCUUCCAGUUCUCCUUGCUGGCAUGUAGCAGAUUUGCACUUCUAUGCUCUCUCGAAGUGAGACAUGGCCCUAUGACAUACUUUGGCUGAUGAAAUGUGGCACAAUUUGCCAAAUUCCCCUCUUUCAAAGUAAUCAAGUGACAUCCUAGAUAGUGGAGGCACUAUCAACCUGUGUUCCUGAGUGAAGGUCACCACAAAGCCUUCAAAUUGACUCAAGAUGGACAUACAGUAUGAGUGACAAAUCUUAAUGAAGCUACUGAGCUUGGGGAUUGUGUAUUAGAGGAGUAUAACCCAGACAUCCUAGCUGAGGCAUCAGGCUCCUAAAUUUUUCUCUGUCCUGGAGGUUUACCUAAAACCAGAUUUGUUUGUCUAUUUGUUUUGAGACUGAGACUUAUUUUGUCACCCUCAGUAGAGUGCGCUGGUAUCAUAGCUCACAGCAACCUCAAACUCUUGGACUCAAGUGAUCCUUUUACCUCUGCCUUCUAAGUACUGGGACUAUAGGUGCAGCCACUAUGCCCAGCUAUUUUUUGAGAUGGGGUCUUGCUCUUGCUCAGGCUGGUCUUGAAGUCCUGAACUCAGGCAAUCCCCCGCCUUGGCCACACAGAGUGCUAGGAUUACAGGCAUGAGCCAUCUUACCUGGCUUCUAAAACCAGUUAUUAAGGCUGAUUCUGUUCACUGUGUAGUUUAGCACACUGCGAUGUUCUCUGCACCAGGGCCUACUGGGCUUGGGAGAACACAAAUAAGAUACUGUCCUUGAGAAACUCACAUACUAAUCCAAUACUGACUUUAUAUACCCUCCUCUGUCCUGAAACUCAGCCUGUCUCAUUCAUAACUUUGUCCCUUAUAUCCAAAUCUGAGUUUCCCUGUUUGCUAAGUAGUAUUACCAAACCACUAGCUUAAGCCAUAAACCUGGGUGUUAGGCUCAAUAAUCCCCACCCCUGACAACUAAUUAAUCCCUAAAUCUUAACAAUUUUGUCUCCCAAUCCCUGCUGGAAUCUGGCCAUUUCUCUCCAUUCCUACAUUUCUUAUGAUGGCCUCUUUGCUGUUUCCUUGUCUUUAACCCAUUCCCCAGUCCACAGGAACAGUGAGCUUUCUCAUGUUUCCAAAUCUGAAGGUACCACUCCCCUGUGUGGUUCCCCAGUGCUUUUCCUCAACUCUUUAGCUCAGGUUACAAUGUCCUGCAGUCUGGCUCUGCAUGCGUUUUCCUUCACUUGCUUCCAGGACCUAGCCAGACUGAACUAUUUUCAAUUCCUCUAAUGUCUGGGCUUCUUCCCAUGGGAGCCCCUGCACACUCUGUUCUCUCUGCUUGGAAUACACAUCACCAUCUCCUCCUCCUUCCCCUUAGCCAACUCUUAUUUAGCUUCAAGGCUCAGCUUUCAUUUUCUCCAGAAGGCCUUCAUUAACACCCUUUCCUGGUCAGAACUGGGAGUCCUCCCCACACAUGGAGCCUCCCCAAUGACCACACUCAUCAGGCUGCUCUCUUUACAUGCGUAAAUAUUUCUGGAGCACCUGUGUACCAGGCCAAGUAUAGUGCUGGGCUCUGCAGCUAUA